CUGCUGCUGUGAGAUGGAGGCGUGGACACCACGCAUGCGCACUACAGUCCACUACUCUACCACAACGCGCACGCAACGCGCACACAUCAACACGCACACAACAACACGGAGCGGGUCUCUGAUGCGGGUUCAUCUUCAUAACAGAAACACCAGAACGACGCGCACUGAGGACUAGUACUACUAUUACUACUGAGAUCCAGAUCAACACGCACUCUGAGACAAGAUGUUUGGCUUUCAUAAGCCGAAGAUGUACCGGAGUUUGGACGGCUGCUGCAUCUGCCGCGCAAAGUCGUCCAGCUCUCGUUUCACGGACAGUAAGCGGUACGAGAAAGACUUCAGGAGCUGCUUUGGACUGAGUGAAACGCGAUCUGGAGAGAUCUGUAACGCCUGUGUGCUGCUGGUGAAACGCUGGAAAAAGCUACCUGUGGGAACCAAGAAGAACUGGAACCAUGUGGUUGAUGCCAGAGGAGGUCCCAGUCUAAAGAUAACUUCCAGGCCCAAGAAGAUAAAGUCCAUCUCCAAGAAAGCCCGGCCGAGCCAGAUCAGCAGGCUGCAGAAAGAGCUGAAAAGAAACAAUUCCGAUGCCCACAGCACCACCUCCAGCACCUCCCCGGCUCAGUCUCCCAGCUACAGCAACCUCUCAGACGACGGCUCAGACACGGAGAUCAGCCCGGGAUCCAGUCGCUCUCCUGUCUUCUCAUUUCUGGACCUCACUUACUGGAAGAGGCAGAAGGUGUGCUGUGGAAUAAUCUACAAGGGGCGCUUUGGGGAGGUGCUCAUCGACCCCCACUUGUUCAAACCGUGCUGCCGCAAACAACGACAGCAGCAGCAGCAGCAAGAGGAGGAGGAAGAGGAGGAAGAGGAGGAGGAAGAUGAGGAGGAAGAUGUGGAGAUAGAGGAGGGCCAGGAGGGCGUGGAUGUCAGCGGGCCCGAUUCCCAGACGGAAGAGGAAGUGAAGGAGACGCCGAGGUGUGAGGAAAAUGCAGAGCCUGCACAGCUAUGUGUUACCUUGACAACGCCUCCAACCAUGAGCGCGGCGGUGGUGAUGGAGGACGGCUGGUAAGGUCAAAACUCCGCCUUGCACACAUCUCUGAAGGAAAUCUUGGGGUGCUGUUUGUUUGUCUCAAACACGUACAGAAAGAAGUUGCCUCAGAUUGCCUUCAAUCAUAAAGCAGCUGUAGAUCCUUCAGUCUUCUCCAGAAUAAUGUUGAAGGGUUGUUUAUUUAGUUUGAAUGGUAACUUAUGAACUGUUGUUUUUCCACUUUGUCUCUUAUUUUGUAUUUAAUAUUCAAACCACCUGAUGAUGGACCAUCAUCCGUGGUGACAUGCUGGAGCUCUACUUAGUCAGUUUAAAAAGACUUUAUUCCAAAACGCAAUAGAUCCACUAGCUCACAGAAAAAGGUGCUACUUAAAAUCCAUUACUCAACAUUUCAAACAUUCAGCUGAACCUUCUCCCAGUGUGGAUAUUUUAUAAGCAUAUUCUGUUAAGAUGACUAAUAUAACAGUAUUACUUUUGCUUUCUUUGUCAAGAGUAGACAACUCUUUUUUUGAAAUGGUGGAUAUCUCGUUUUGGAAUGAAAGACGCUUUCCGUCGACAGAGCACAGACCUGUACAGUAGCCCUCGUGUUUCAGUCUUUUCACAUUGACAUCCAUUCCUAUCAAACAGUUUGUGUUUGUUUGUAGACUGUCUCUGUGUGCAAAUAUGUGUGUGGGUCCCAUUGAAAUAAGGCCUAUUCACAGCUUCAACAGCAAAAACACCAGCCUUAAUGAUGUGUUACAGACAGCGCUAGUGUUAAUUCUGGAUCGGUAUUAAGGAACACAAAGGGACAGUAUAUUUAUCGUGGCCUCAGCAACACGUAGUGCAUUUUGCAUGAAUGGGACGCCCACUCAUCCAAAAGACUUACUGAUCUGAUGCAUGAGUCUACUAAAAUUGCAUGGCCUUAUAUAAACUGUAAAUCUUAUUUUUAUUUUUUUGGAUCCAUUUCUCUAACUUAUUUUUAUAUGUAAGAAAAAAAAAAGGAAAAAUAGAAGUUUCUUUGCUUAAUAAUAAUAAUACCACAUAAUACGACAGCAAAACACACAAUCGGUCUAUAGUCAUUCAGCAAUAUCAAUAUCAGUGAUUCCCGUCAUUCCUGGGUCAGUAUAGCUAAAACACUUUAUACAAGUUGAAAUUCUAUGCCAUUGCCUCUUAUAUACCACAAAUGUGUUGUGAUAUAUAGCCUAAUAUUACUUUAUUUAUCAAACGUAAGCCAAAGCACAUUGAAAUUCACCCAAUGUCAAAUCAAUGCAGGUUUUCCAUGGACACUUGUGCUUGUCCGAGGUCAUUUGUAUGUAUGUUUAUGGUAUUUUAAACAGAACACUAAGAUGAAAUUUCAUACAUGUGAUGUUGUAGUCGGGAGCAGAGGGUGUGUUAUGUACAUACGGGGUUGGGUGAGUCUUAUGGCUCUUAUAUAACGGUUUCAUUAUUUAUUUAUUUCAUAUUUAUUUGUAUCACUGCAUCCCCACAUAGAAGUGUAAUACUAUGAAUUCUUUUCAUCUCUAGCUUAAACGUAGAACGGUUUUGUACUUCAGAAAUCGAAUGUAAUUCUCACGCAGGCUUUGUUUCACAUAGCGUUGAAUUACUGGUUGUCAAUAUUUGUGAAAUGUUGUUAAGUAUUUAUUUGCUCAUCAGUUGAGUUGCGUGCAACCUAACUUAUUCUGUACCAUCACUUUGGAUCUGUAUCAUGUAGACUGAAACGAAUGAUAGAUUGCAACCAAACUGUACGUUUCCCCUUUUAGUCUGUAGCUUAAUAACGCUACAGAGUUGUAGGAUAAAUAACUGUAGACUUGCAUGUAUUGUUGCUAUGCAUUUACUUAGCUUACAAGUUAGACAAAGCGGUUUUGUAUUUUUUAUAAAUCAUGUACUUUUUUUACUUGUCCCUUAAUAAAAGUAAUUUUGUGAGUUUUCUUGAA